GGGGCCGCCCGGGGGGAAUCCCGGCGGCGGCUGGAGCUGGCCGGGCAUCCCCCGGCUCCCCGAGCGGGCGGGCAGCCCCCGGAGCGGCGGGGGCGGCGCAGAGUUUCUUCGUUUAGUCAGCUCCUAGUUUCUGAGUGCAAAAUAUUUGGCAGUUUAUCCAAGGGGAGAGAAGCAUCUCAUGGUGCUGGUUCUGAGCAUAAGGAAUUUUGAGACUGGCUGAUUUCUCAGGGGCAAAAUCAACAUUUCAACAGCUUUCACUCUCCUUCUGGCUUUACAUUAAAAGGUUUUUGUAGGAUGGACGUAGAGCUCCUGAAGAGGCUGCGCCAGGCCAGCCAGGACCUUCUGCAGAGGCUGAGAAUGAAGCAGGAGGAGAUGAGAAGAGGACUUCCCAGAAAGGAGCUCCUUCCAGCAUCUCAUCAUGGCAUUGCAUCUGCUGAGAGAUUGAUCCUCUUGUCCAGGAGAGUGAAGGAAAAUCAGGUCGAUGUAGUAAAAUCUGACCCUGGAAUAAAGGUGUCUGUGGAACCCAGAGCUGGCCCAGCCCUCAGUUCAUCUCCUAAAUACAUUAGCAGUGCCAGAGGGGUACAGCAACAACAAGCAAAGACACAGGAAGGAGCAGGUUUUGAUUCCAACUUUCCUGGGAAAGAGAAGAAUGUUAUGCCAGUGUCUGCAGGCAUUAUGUGUGGCAGAGACAUCUCCAGAGUGGAUGGGGAUGGUGGUGCUCAAGGAAGUCCAGAGAAAGAAUCCUUCUUCCUGGGACAUGGAGAGAACAGAAAACAGUCUGCUCUGCUGCAUGGUUUCCAUGAGAAAAGUCAUCCAGGGCCAUCACUGAGCAGAGUGCAAAAUAAAGAGACUGGUGAGCAGCAUGUGGUCAUCAGAGAGCCCCACAGCCCUAAAUCAGUCUUGCUGAUGCCUCAGUCCAAAGAGUUGAAGAAGGAAACUCGCCAUGUGACUUUUCAGCCUGACCCUAAAGAAGAUGCCAUGCCUGUCAGCAGCUGGUCUGCCCGUCCUUUCCUGGGCUAUGACUGGAUUGCAGGGCUUCUUGAUACAAAAUCUCCAGUAACAGAAAAAUCUGAGCAAUACUUUGCUGAGCUGCAGGAGUUCCGACAGUCCAACAGAGAAACCUGCAUUCAUCAGCAGCACCUGGAGCCCGAGGAUUUCACAGGUCCUGAACAAGAACUGGAUUUGAUAAUUGGUUCUCAUAAGUGUGUUUACUGCUAUGGAUUGAACGAGCGCCUCUUUACCAUCCCUGUGGAUUCAGAAGUUGCCUGCCCUGUGUGUAAGAUCCCACGUAGCCACCAACGCCCAGGGACACUGGAGGAGCCAACCCAUGUCAGGGUCAGCAUUCCCAAAGGGGCCCUUUUGCCAGCCCACAAGUACAGAGCCCAUCGCAGGAGGAGCUUUCAGCCAGCAGAUGAUCUCGCACUGUCCUCGCAUUGCCUGGCUGGCUGGGAAAACAUGGUUCCUUCCAGCAGCACCCUGCUCAGCAGUUUGGAUCUGAGAGCCUCACUGGAAGAGAAACCUUCUCCCUACCCUCACCUGGACCCAAUGUCCAGAUUGUCAGGAGAAGCCAGAACUGACAAGUUCCUACACGGCCUCACUUGGCACACGUGAGGUUUAGCAGAGCAAACCAGGACACCAGGCAGCAGCCCUCAGCUCAGACCCCCUCAACACUCUGGAUCAUGACUACCCUGGGGAAGGGAUGGGCACAGCACGUGGAAACAACUCAGAAACAAAGUGGUUUGGAUAAAAAUAAAUCUUUGGACAGAUUUUCCCCAGUUUUCAUAGUCAUGUGCUUAUGUGAGCAGCCAAUAGACAGAUCUGAGUUUGCACAGUCACUGUUCACUUUGCAUUUUUUGCCUUUUACAGCUACUGAGAGCUGCAUGAAGUGUCCCAGCUGGGGCUGGAUAAAGUCAUGUGUGCAGGAUCUUUGGUGCAUCUGCCACGUCAACUGAGUGACCAGCAGUGUAGCACUAACUCUGAAUGCCAGGGUGAGGAAUUGGCCUGGGGAGGGCCUGGCUCAGGGGAGUGACACAAAUAUGUUUAUUUCCAUAUAUUUGAAACAUGACACACAGUUUUUCUAGCAUGUUAAACUUGAAUUCCUCAAUGAUUUGUAAAAAUUCUAAAAAUUCAGUCUAUUCUCAGUGCAAUGUAUGUAGCUACAGAAUGUAGUACAUCAGAGUAACUUUGUGAAAAAAUGUUAAAGUAAAAUGAGAUUUUAUUCAUCAGUGAGCUAGAUAAUGCCUUAAAAUGGUUUCAUAUUUUGCUUACGUCUACUUUUCCAAGUUUUCUGGAGAUAAACCAAAAAAGCAUUUUAGAAUUUUUAAAUUGUACCAAACCAAACUACUUCACAUAGUGUGACUUGUUUGAACUUCAUAGACUGAUCUUGCUUUCCAUGUCUGAAAACAAUAAAACUGAUGUUUUAUUUUGCUUUGAA